AUGACUUCCAUCAGCGUCCUCCUGUUAGGUGUACUGCUCCGCACAUACCUUCAGCCCUCGGCCGGUGUGCUUGCGUGGAAUGACCUCCCUUCUCAGGCGCAGUAUAUCGAUCUGCGAGCCAACAAUGUGUUGAGCUCCGUCCCUCCGUCGACCGUCUUCAACGGGACUUCCCUCUUCAUCCCCCCCAACUCUACCAGGCAAUCCCUCAUUGACCGCCCUUUCCACGUCUACCACCCCGACUUCCUCUCCAUCAUCGGCUCCAACCCCAGCUUGACCAUCAUUGCCCAAACGUCAGGCAAUCCCCUCUUCCACGAAGCGGUCGUCUGGUAUCCACCCACAGACGACGUCUUUUUCGUCCAGAAUGCGGGAGCUCCGGCGGCUGGGACCGGUCUCAACAAGUCAGCUAUCGUGCAAAAGGUGAACUUGGGUCAGGUCGGGCAGGCACUUGCGGCUGGCUCAAGCCGGAAUGUCAGUGGUCAGGUCACUGUCCAGGUGGUCAAUACCACAAAGCAGGUCGUGAAUCCCAACGGUGGGAUCAACUACAAGGGCCAGAUCGUCUUUACGGGCGAAGGGCAAGGUCCUGAUGUCCCCUCGGCUUUGUAUCAAGUCAACCCGGUUCCCCCGUACGAGACCAAGGUCAUCCUGAACAACUACUUUGGCCGACAGUUCAGCUCCCUCAACGACGUCGCGGUCAACCCGCGCAACAAGGAGCUCUACUUCACGGAUGUUACUUAUGGGUAUCUCCAGAACUUCCGCCCUCCCCCUGGACUGCCGAACCAGGUGUACAGGUUCAACGAGGGGACGGGUGCGGUAGGUGUCGUCGCGGACGGCUUCAACCUGCCCAAUGGUCUGACCUUCUCGCCUGAUGGAUCACGAGCAUACGUCGCCGAUACCGGAGCCAACGCCGGAUUCUGGGGCUGGAACUACACUCGUCCCGCUACCAUCUACGCCUACGACGUCAACUCCGCAGGUGGCUUCUGCAACCGCCAAACCUUUGCCUAUAUCGACUCUGGCGUCCCCGAUGGAGUCCACUGCGACUCGGCCGGGAACGUGUACGCGGGAUGUGGGGACGGUGUCCACGUCUGGAACCCGUCAGGAAUCCUGUUGGGCAAAAUAUACCUUGGCGAGGGAUCGGCCAACUUCCAGUUCGCGGGCAAGGGGCGGAUGGUCAUUUGCGCCGAGACGAGGCUGUACUAUGUCACAUUGGGGGCGGAAGGGGCGGCGAUCACGGAUUAUGACUACUCGAACAUGUACUGA